AUGACUAAGGAAGACAACUAUAAAGAAGACUUUAGCUAUGAUAAAAUGUCUACAUUGGAACGUGUAAAACAAAGUAAUGGAAAUUACACUGCGGACUUUAAAUCCAGUGAACCUCAGCUAGAUAGAAAAUGUCAUACUUGUUUUCAUCACAGGGGAUGGAUCUACAAUUUGAUGAUUGGGAGUUGUCUCCUGAUUGCUGUUGGCUUUUCAGUUUAUCUGGGAAACGUGUUUCCUGAUGAAAUGGACUACUUGCGUUGUGCAGCUGGUUCAAGCAUUCCUGCAGCAGUUGUGAGUUUUGCCAUAGCUAAAAGGAGAGUUAAUGCAAUGCCACAUUACCAGCUUCUCUUUAUCUCAACAUUUGCUAUCACGACAACUUGUAUGAUUUGGUAUGGGUGCAAGCUUGUCCUCAAUCCAGCUGCGUUAAACAUAAACUUUAAUCUUGUUUUGCUUGUACUUCUGGAAAUACUCAUGGCAAGUAAAGUUAUACUAUCGGCAAGAUCUGACACUGAAUGCUGCAAGAGAAAGAAAGUCCAAUCAUAUGAUGCAACAGCUUUAUUGUGCCAUAUAAAAUUCCCAUCUCGUAUGCUGAAGUCCUACUCAGUUGUUGAAGUGAUUGUGGCAAUUUGUGCAGUUUUUGGUGGAAUUAUUGCCCUGAACAUGGGUGCUCUGGUUCCAGGUCCUUAUCUAUCAGUGACAUUCUUUUGGAUUUUGGCUGCAUGUUUUCCUGGUGCUAUUGCGAGUCAUGUGGCGGCAGAAUAUCCCAGCAAGUUCUUGAUUGAAGUCCUAAUUGCUAUAAGCAGUGUCACAGCUCCAAUGCUAUUUACAGCCUGUGGAUAUCUAUCCUUCAGCAUUAUGAAGUUUGUUAAUAUCUUUCGACAAAGUUCAACAAGUUUACGUCAGUCUUAUGACAUACUGGUAUUUGUUCUGAUGCUUUUGUUGCUGGUUCAGUCCAGUCUCUCACUUGCCACAGUCAUCCACUGCAUGAGUUACAAGCUUCAAGUUAAAUAUUAUGAUUCAACAUGGAAUAUGUCAAACCUCCAAAAGGAGAACUGUAAGACAAUUGAGAUACCCAAAGUCCCUACAAAGGACUUUGACAAAGACAAGGCAUGGAAAGCUGUCAUGGUACAGAUGGUACAGUAG